GUGCUCACUAGCUAGCUAGCUGCCGACGGAAGGAAAGCAGACCAGAUGAUGUCCAGGACUCAUAAUAAAAUGUGUUGGAGCCGGGCCUUUCUCACCGGCUGGCUUCUACUGCUGGUCCAGCUGUUGUGUACACAGGCAGUGCCCAUCAGUAUAGAUAAGACUAAAAUCAAAGAGGCAGAGAAAAAACCUGAAGAGCCUCCAGCAAGUGUGGACACUGGACUCCACUAUGACCGCUACCUCAGGGAAGUCAUUGAUUUUCUCGAGAAAGAUCAACAUUUCAGAGAAAAGCUCCACAAUACAGACAUGGAAGACAUCAAGCAAGGUAAACUUGCCAAAGAGCUGGACUUUGUCAGUCAUCAUGUCAGAACAAAACUGGAUGAGUUGAAGAGGCAGGAGGUAAACCGACUACGAACUCUGAUCAAGGCCAAGCAAGACAUUGAAGGAGGGAAUGACAUUGCAGUGGACCACCAGGCUCUGCUGAAACAGUUUGAAUACUUGAACCACAUGAACCCACAUACAUUUGAAGUGGAUGACCUAGAUCGGCUCAUCAAAUCGGCCACUAAGGAUCUGGAGAACUACGACAAAGAAAGACACGAGGAGUUCAAGAGGUAUGAAAUGAUGAAAGAGCACGACAGACGGGAACACUUGAAAACACUGGACGAGGAUGAAAGAAAGAAAGAGGAGGAGCACUAUGAGGAGAUGAGGAAGAAGCAUGCUGACCACCCUAAAGUUAACCACCCGGGCAGCCAGAAUCAACUGAAGGAGGUGUGGGAGGAGGCUGAUGGUUUGGACCCUGAAGAUUUUGACCCUAAGACCUUUUUCAACCUGCAUGAUACCAAUGGAGAUGGCUUCUUUGAUGAACAGGAGCUGGAGGCAUUGUUUACCAAAGAGUUAGAAAAAAUCUAUGACCCCACAAACGAAGAGGAUGAUAUGGUGGAGAUGGAGGAAGAGAGGCUACGAAUGAGAGAACAUGUUAUGAAUGAGGUGGAUUCUAACAAAGACAGGCUGGUCUCUUUAGAUGAGUUCCUGGUUGCUACAAAGAAAAAAGAAUUCUUGGAGCCAGACAGCUGGGAGACCCUGGAGCAGAACCAGGCUUACACAGACGAGGAGAUGAGGGAGUUCGAGGAGCAUCUUGCACAGCAGGAACAGGACCUCAACCAGAAGGCUUUUGACCUCCAGAAACAGAGAGACGAGCUGGAGAGACAACAGGAGCAACUUAAUGCACAGAAAAUAGAGCUGCAACAGGCAGUUGAGCACAUGGAACGGCUGAAAUCACAGAAAGUAGAACCCCCUCCAGAGGUUCACGGUGAAGGAAAUUCUAACCCAGAGAUAUAUCCAGCAGACAAUCAGGUGCAUCCUGAACAAGACGCACAACCAGAGGGGCAUCAAGCUGCACCCCAAGCUGCUCAAGAUACACCUCAGGAACACCAUGAACAACAAAACCUAGACCAAGCCCAGCAAGGUCUCCCCCAGACACACCAGGAUCUGCCACCAGGCCACCAAGAAGUCGCACAAGGCCAGCAUAAUGUGCCAUAACAACUUUGUCAGAACUUGAGCCUCCAUAACCAGACUUUUGCAGCACCUCCACUCCAGCGUGCAAGAGGAGCAGCCCCCCCUGAGUAUUAGGCCUCUUUAACCAGCAUGACUUAGGGGUUUGGAGGACACUUGAGAUAAAGGAUAGCGGCACAAACGGAUUCCCUGUUGAAUGAUACCAGUGUUUGAUAAUAAUUGUAAUCUUCGGAUUACAUAACAGAAUUACAAGAGUAAAAUGACCAACCAAGGACAUGCAUCUCAAAAUGUGCAUACUAAGUUGUGUUUGAUUACAUUAGACAUGAUCAAGACUGUUUGAUAAUACAACUGUAAAAAAAAAACUCUAAUUUUGUUGGACUUUUCUGACCUGCUGUUUGCUGUUCAAAGUACAGAACCUAAAAAUGCUGCUGGCUCCACAACCUGAUAGGUUUGAUGCUAGAGCCUGUGGGAGAAGUUCAGUGCAGCUGCUGAGGGGGAUAAGAUGUAAAAAGUAGUUUUAAUAUUAUAAUUUUCACUUCAAUUUUCUGACUUGACAAGAUAAAGAUAUCCCCAAACAAUUUGUUUACAUUUGUGGCUUGUGGGAAAAUGCGUUUCACUGGACAUUAUCAGAUAUUUUAGAAAUUGAGUGCAAGAUUUUCUAUUAUUGCAUUAUAAGCCUAAAAGAGCAAGAGGCACUAUUGUGAUUAUAUCCAGUAUACAGCAUUUUGAUGCCCCAACAGAAAACAUUACACCUAAAAAGUACAAGUGAAGACUUCUCAAUGCAAACAGGCACAGUAAUAUGUGUCAUAAUCUACAAGGUCAGUCAGAUCUUUGUAGAAAAUGCUUUUUAUUUCCAUCUCCAGCUGCCACUGUCACCAAAUAUUUUGAUCUUUAAACCAGAAGCAUCCUCGUGAAUCCAGGUUGCUCACAGUCCUUAUACACUUUUGUCAAGAAAUAACUUUACCAAUACUUUUGCUACUUUCUUAAUGGUCAGUGUGGUUGCUGUUAUAACGUGUCAACUGUUUACCUAUCUUGAAACAUCAUUUUUUUUGUGUUUAGUCAUAUUUUCUGAGUUUUCUCAACUGUAGGAAAUGUUUUGCUCUGCCUAAAAGGAAAUUGGGUACAGGACUUUUCAAAACUGGCCAUUUUUUGGCCACACUGCAGCUACUCUCUGCUGACUUUGUUGUUAAAAUAAAUACAGGUGUUAGGUUCUUAAAAUAAAGAUGGUUGUGAAAUCACCAUACAAACUAACAUUUUCCCUAAAUCCUCACAACCUUAAAUCUUGCAGCUGCUUAAAUGGAAGUUUGUGGUUAGUUACAGUAUGAUGGCAUGUUUCUUCAUUGCCAUACAGAGAGAGCAAAUGUUGACCCUCUGAAAUAAUAAAUUUGCUCUGUUACACUUAAUAUGAUGGACAUUUCCAUUUUGGUAUAUUGUUCAUACACAAAUGUGUAUGUGCCAUGUUUAUUUAUGAGUUGAUCAUAAUUGAUCAUGAUUUUUAAUUUGUUUAAUUACACCAUUUUGAUGUUGAGCUCAUUUAACAAUUAGGAUAUAGACAUUUACUCUGGUACCUUUCAUUACACUUGUCGACAUCAGAGUAUUUUGCUAAAGCUGCUGGAUUCAUUAAAUUAGUUCAUUUAAUUAAAAGAUUGCAUUAAAAUAAGGGUGAAGCUGAGAACCACUAAGAACCAAGCCAGACAUUAACAGUGUCACAUUAAAAAUACAGGAGCAUUUCUUUUAUUGUAUGUUCAAGUCAAAGUCUGCUAUAAUGAAAAUCUUUGAAUUAAUUCCUUUGAAUUCAGUUCACAUCCGUGUGUUUGGCACCAGAUGUGUAUUACUUGGUCCUAGUUUGAAUAACGUUGUGUAUCUUUCCCACAAACGAACAGUUUGGUGUAAUUGCUGUGCUAUUCAGGUUGCUUUUUUUUCGUGUAAUGUGAUUUCUUCCAGCUGGUAGACUGAUGCCAUGCUGAACAGGUUUUGACUUAUUGCCACUUUUUACUGAAGACUUUGUCUAGUCAAAUAACAGCUCUGCCUUACUGUGGUUUUCCUUCAUACAAAAUUUUGACAUGGAAUACAUUUUCUUUUUUUUUUUGCAGUGUCUUUUGUUUUCUGUGUGCCAAGUGUUCCUUUGAAAAGAUACCGCAUCAUAAUUUGCACAAAAUAUACAGGUGGUGUUUCUGAUCGCUUGCUGCUGGAUACAAUAAUAAUUUGAUGAUACUGUACACCUCAGUUCAAGAUAAUAAAACAGCUUUGACCUUUCA